AUGAUCUCCAAUACUGAAGCCAUCCGCUCGUUCCUCGCCUCAGCCUCGGCCAAUCCUCACCUCUCUCAAGACCUUCAGCAAACAGCUGCAGAGCUCUCGUCCCAAUCCUCCGUACCAUACAAAUCCCUCCGUUCCCUCUGGUCCAAUUCCAACCUAUCAACGCGACCCGACAUCGUCGCCCUCCUCUCCGGAUCCCACUUCAUCUUCUCCAGCCCCAAACCCAGAGAGAAGAGUGAGGAAUUGAAGGCGCGGCUAAGGAAGCUAGCGGAGGUUGCGGAGAGGAAUGCGUAUGAGGAGUUGGUGAAGGACAUUACUCCCAAAAAGAGUGCGGACGAGCCUUUCUCUGCUUACAAGGAUCAGCUAGGUUUUGAAACAGUUCUUCCCAGGAAGUCCAUUUGGAAGACAAAGGCUCUGAAGAUAGCAGUGGCUAUUCAUGGAACUGCUGCAGUGAAUGAUGUUAUAUCACAUAUAGGAUUUUGUAUGUAG